ACCCUUAAGCUCCAGAAAGUGUGGUCUCGAAAUGGGUCAGCAGGUACGGCCCCCGCCGCGCAUGCGCCCGCGCCGCGCGCUGAGCUCAUUCGCUUUUUGCCCACCUUUCGACUCGCGCGCACCAUUGUACGCCGCGCAUUUCUCCUCCGUGGGAACCCACUAGCAACGUGCUUUACCCGUCAUUUCUUCGCGACCACAGGAGGCGGUACACGCGUAAUGUUACACAGUGAUACGAUAAGGAUUUGACAUGUAACGUGGACGAAGGUGAAAGUUAAGUGAUGAGUAAACAGACUCAGUGACAAGGAUCACCUGAUUAGCUGGGGCCAUGGCUGUCGCGGCGAUCGUACCGGUCCUCCUGCUGGCUUCUAUAACCAGAAGUACAUGUGAGCCGACCUUCAACUUCCAUCAAAACAAUGGCAAAAGUAAUACACAGUUUGGAGGAAUACUGAAGCCCCCCCCUCCGCCUCACGCCUCCAGCCUCGUGCCAGUGCCGUUCCACAAGGGAGGGGGGUCAGGGAACAGGUUCCAGAGACAGAACCACAACGAGGGUUACCACUACGCACCACCCUCGUCGCUCGCGCAACCAGGACAGAACUUCAAGUUCCCGGCUCCCUUCUACAAGCAGUAUAACUUCAACUUUGUGCCUCCACCUCAGCCGUUCACCACGACACCAUCCCCGACACUCUUCCAAAAGGUGUCAACGUGGUUGUUCCCAUCGCAGCAAACUAGUAAUGAUGCUGCAGUAAAUAUAGGAGGGCAGGCGGCCUCAAAGAAAGAAUGCAAUCCCUGUAAUUCUAUGCCUUGGAUCCCAGUCAUAAGAUAUGAUUUGGGAGCUAAAAAUUUGCAGCAGCAAAAUAUACAGCCAACAUACGGCGCACCUAGUCCUACAGCUGUAGCCGGUCAGUUUUCGCCGCAUCCGUUCCAAAGAUUACCGCAGCUCUCUACCGGUGUUCCUCACGAGACUUAUGGGCCACCAGCUCAGCAGCAUGUCUCAAACUCCAUAGACACUCCGAGCUCUACGUAUGGGCCGCCAAGUGCGACUGCUAAUAUUGGCGUUGUUGCCUCUCACAGUCCACCAAGCUCAACAUAUGGAGUGCCAAGUUCCUCAUACUCAAUACCAAGUUCUUCGUAUUCAAUACCGAGUUCGUCCUACGGGGUCCCGAGCUCCUCAUUUUCGGCACCAAGUUCUUCUUACCGAGUGCCCAGUUCUACGUAUGGAGUACCUAGUUCAUCAUUUGGGGUAUCAAGUUCAUCUGUAGGAGUAUCCAGUCAGUCAAACGGAGAACCUAGCUCCACGUAUGGGACGCCUAGCUCCACAUAUGGGCCACCUAGCUCCUCAUUUGUACCGUCUCAAACAUUCGGAUUAUCUUCAUCAGCUACCCCUGGUUAUGAUGACGUACCAAGUUACCAAGCUCCAAAUAAUAAUGACAUAGAUGCCUUUGGACUAACUGCACCAGGAAAUGACUUCCAACUACCAAAAUUAUCGAACCCGACCGGAUUUAAGAACUCUUACGGGGAGCCAAUAGGAAACUCAUUCUUAGACCUACCGUAUCCUGUAUCAGCAGCAGCAGAGUCAUUUAAAAUAAAAACGGAAAUUUUACCGAACGGACAGAAACCAGAUGCACAGAAUACAUCAUUUGCGCUCGCUAAGCCAGCGCCGUUUACCCGUGGAAGGAAUAUCCACACACUGCAACCAGUCGCAUUACCAAACUUGAGUGUCUCGCCAUUGCCACCAAUUUUCAAUGCGAGACCUUUUAGAACAGUUCCUUCUAGCACAUAUUUAGCAAAUAACGUACAAGGUAUAAAUAAUAUGCAUCAGUCAAAUCAAGUGAGUAUCUCACAAAGUGUACCCAUUGCUGAAUUCUCACAGGCAGAUUAUCCACCAACUAUCAUUCAAUCUCCUAUCAUUGAUAUCAGUGUGAAAAGUGGGAAUCAAAGUAAAGCUUACAGAAACAUUGUCAAUAGUUACGUCAUCGAUCAGAACCGCGAUAUUUCCUCACAGGCAUCCGAAGAUCAUAUUGCAUCCACCAAAACAAAUAAUAUACAAGACGUCAGUUUUGAAAGUACUGGGGUAGAUGUGGGUAAUGAUUUAUAUGAUAUUCCAGCAGAUUUAAAACAAAACAAAGAGAUCCCAUCAAACCACAAAGAAAACUUUGCAGAUUUAAGAGGAGUCCCAGACCGUGAUGUCGAUAAGUACAGAACAGAAAACAACUUACAAUCGAUCGAUUCACCUUUACUAUAUUUAAAACCUAGUGCUCCACACAAAGAAUAUGAACACUUUUUGUUAGCAGUUUCUACCCCAACAUAUAACAGAGACUAUGAGAUUUAUGACGAAGUGCAGACCACUACGUCACCCAAUCAUAAUUUUAAUAGUGAUACUAAAAAUGAUUAUGGUAAUGGCUUAUCGCCCCCUCCCAUUGGGCAAGAAGAUGCAAAUAAACCAAAGAUAGUUCAAAUUAUAAUUCCUUAUACUACAGGAAAGGGUGGAAAUAAACCAAGUGGUCUCGAUUUCGAGCAAACAGGUUAUGGUGGGGCAGAGUGGGCGUCAGCCUCCGAAGAUGAGUACCAAGCAAGGAAAGUACCAGGUAACACAGAAAAUUAUUACGGCGUCAGUACUGUUACUGACAACUACAAUACUGAGACCACAACUACAGAAACUGAAGUACCUACUCUAUCUGGAAACGAAUAUUAUGAAUCAGAUCAAUAUAAUACUCAUGCGAUCCUGAAUGAUCUAUAUGAUGUAAAGGAGCCGCCAUUUGAUAUCAUAAAAUUGCAGCACAACAUUGAUGAUUGGACAGAACAACAAUACUCACAACACCAGAGGCCAACACAAAAAGCGAGGCCUAGUGGAAAAUAUGCCCAUGCUAAACAAAUACCAGAUGAAUAUUUUACAACUGUUAGCCCUUUCUCAAAUUACGUCACCGUAUUAAAUGAUGAGUAUGAUCAUGAAGGAGAAGGUAGCGCACAGAAGCAAACGGUCACAGACGCAGAAAAUUCUACAAAUCCUACACCAUUUAGGUAUUACAACGUUAUACAACGAGGUAGAGAGAAGACAACCAGUGGUAAGAACACUAUAGCAUCCGACGUGAAGCCUCACAUCUAUACAGCGGCUUCGUCUUUCCGACAAACGACGACGACUCCUGCUCCUUGGGGCCACAUUGAAACAUCCAUAUCUCCACUUACCAAAGAAAAAGUGUACGUAGUAACUUCAAAGCCUUGGAGAGACAGCCGUAACGCGACAGGGUGGUCUGGUGGGGAAAAUUUCGAGUCCAUGAAGACGGAAAAUACAGACAAUGAUGUAUCUGCGUCAGAUAAUCUCCCGUUCAAGUCGCCUAGAUUCCUGAACCGGCCUUCGUUUGGUGCCACAGCGAGUGGAGAUACUGUCAAAGCCGAAGCAUACGGAUAUCCAGAGGACUGGCAUCAUAUAAACGACUUGGAAGCGAGACAAAGCUCGCAGAACGCAACCGCGACGCUGCCAGAAGGUCCUCAAUCAACUGUAACCACUAAUAUGGACGAGGGUCAGAUCGACACAACGACUGCAGGACCUAGUACAUAAAACAUUCCAAGUGAGU